ACACGGAGCUGUAUAGAGACCUACCUGGUAAACACUGCGACGGGUGAGAGCGAGACGUGAGACGAACAAUGUUCCUUUCGCUACUAUGUCUUCAGAGAAUCCAACCAUGUAUACAAACAAUCCCCAAUGCCUUGAUUCAAAAGAUCUCGGAUAUGUGCUCAACAGAAAAUUCCUUUAGAGCAUCAACGUGAUCAAGAUACAAAAAAAUCACUUGGAGAUGGGUCCCACAAUACAUAUUUUAGGUCUUGGAAACCUGGGAAAGCUGUUCGCACACUCAUUAGCUACGAAACCCAAACCUCCUCCUGUCACUUUAUUGCUUCACCGUCUACCUCUAUACCACAUGGCGAAAGCCCAAGGGCCAAAAAUUAAAAUCUAUCAGGACGGUGUUUGGUAUGGUGAUGGUCGUUACGAUGUGGAAUUCAUACCCCAGGGUGGUAACAAGAAUCACUCAGAUACUAAGGUUAUAUCCAAUCUGAUAGUCACCACAAAAUCCCACAAAAUGGCUGAGGCACUUGGGACGAUCAAACAUCGAUUGUCCCGCAUGUCAACUGUACUGUUCAUACACAACGGUAUGGGAGUCGUGGAAGAAGUCAACAAGCUCGUGUUUCCCAAUGUCAAAGACAGGCCACAUUAUCUAUUUGGCAUAGCAUCCCAUGGUGUCUCUCAGCAUACUCCAUUCACGGCAAUCCUUGCUGGUCAUGGUUUUGUCACGAUUGGAAAUCCUGAGAUGGAUAAAGAGAAACAUCCAGUCAAAAGCUAUCUCCUGCGACAAGUUAUUGAUUCUAAGCUUCUCCGCGCCAGCGAGGUUCCUUGGGAUGAAUUUAGACUCCUUCAAUUGCAGAAAUUGGCUGUGAACGCUGUAAUAAAUCCUCUGACUGCUCUAAACAACUGUUUAAAUGGCAUGGUUGUGGAGUCUUCCAUGAGCGGGGAUAUAGGAAAUCUCUUUGGAGGCCUAGUCUCCGAAAUUAGUCAAGUCCUUUGUUCACUGCCGGAACUUCAAGGGAUUCCAGGCCUGAAAGAACGAUUUUCAAUAGAAAGUUUGCGGAAUAUCAUUCAUGAUGUUGUGUCAGCCACUGCCCAGAAUCGAAGUUCUAUGCUUCAAGAUGUUAGCAAUGGCAGAGAAACGGAAAUCUCUUAUAUUAAUGGAUACAUUGUCGAAAGAGGAAAAGAACUAGGUAUUGAGUGUCCGGUGAAUAGGAGGAUGGUUACGAAUAUUCUCGACGCGGUCUCAAAGCAGAAGCUCCAAGCUGUAUGGAAUGAAGUUGGUGAAUCUGCAAAACAAUAGUGAACGUCUUUGGUCCUGAAUAUUAAUCUUUCUCUAUCGAUUAGCUAUUUAUACAUUCUAACUUCUUUAAGACGUCAACAUUGAGUACCUAGGUAUCAUUGUUAAGAUUGAUCGUCACGAGACUAUGGCACUAAUGCUGCAAGGCCACCAGUGGGCUUGACAUGGUACAAACGGCAAGCGAGGCUGAGGUUACCUGGUCAUUCCCAUCAAAACAUUCACUCGUUUCGACUAAUUUCACUUCUUGGUGAAUGAAUCUUGUGAAGUUGUUGGAUAAUUUGAGAAUUCAGAUCAUAUCCUUAAAGAAAAAAGUAAUAUCUCAGCCGUACACACGAGGCUGCUCACACUAAUUGUAAGGCUUAGUGGUUUAUAAUUCAC